CAGUGUUCUGCCAACUUGGCACAAACACUUCCUGCCUGGGACCUGCAGGCCUGUAAAUACCAGGCCUGUGAAUACAGCCACGUAGGAGGUGGAUGCAUUAGGCCUGUGGCCUAGAGAAGCCCAGACUCGAACCAGAAGGUCCUCAGAGAGAAAAGUGGGGAGACCAACACUUGCCCUGAGAACAUUCCAGAAGAGGGACUAGGGUUGCAAAGGGGACAAAAACUUGGCUGCUGGUGUCUUGAACUUGACUUCUGGGUACAGGUGGAUCAUAGCUGACACCACCAACCUCUCCACGAGCAACCUCCUGCCUCAGACUCCUCAGAGCCGGGGAGCUCACUCUACUGUCCGGGCUCCGUGGACUCUGCUCCACGUCUCUUGUGCACUUCUCGCCCGCGCUGGGAUGUCCUCCCUGCCUGGGUCCCGGGAGCCCCUGCUCCGUGUGGCUGUGACGGGAGGCACCCACGGAAAUGAGAUGUGUGGCGUCUACCUGGCCCGGAACUGGCUACAGGACCCAGGGGAGCUGCGGAGACCCAGCUUCUCAGCCAUGCCGGUGCUGGCCAACCCAGCAGCCACAGCUGUCUGUCGCCGUUACAUAGACCGUGAUCUCAACCGCACCCUCACCCUCACCUUCCUUGGUUCCAAGGCUACCCCCGAUGACCUGUAUGAGGUGAAGAGAGCCCGCGAGUUGAACCAGCUACUGGGUCCCAAGGGCACAGGCCAGGCUUUUGACUUUAUCCUAGACCUGCACAACACCACAGCGAACACUGGGGUCUGCCUCAUCUCUGAAGCCUCCCAAAGCUCCUUCAACUUGCACCUGUGCCACUACCUACAGCUGCAGAACCCGGGGCUGCCCUGCCGCCUCUUACAGUUUGAGCCGCAUGAGGCAGAGACCUACAGCGUGGACUCUGUGUCUAAGAAUGGAAUCUCUCUGGAGCUCGGCCCCCAACCUCAGGGCGUGCUGCGGGCCGACCUGUUCUCCCUGAUGCGAGCUCUGGUGGCGGCCAUUCUGGACUUCAUCGAGCUCUUUAACCAAGACAAGGACUUCCCCGCCUUUGAGAUGGAUAUCUACAAGAUCUUGGGCAAGGUGGACUUCCCGCGUACUACAGAUGGCGACCUAGCGGGCACUGUACACCCUCAACUGCAGGACCAUGACUUUGAGCCACUGAGGCCUGGUGAACCCAUCUUCAAGCUGUUCAACGGAGAGGACGUACUGUAUGAGGGGGACUCCACUGUGUACCCUGUGUUUGUUAAUGAGGCUGCCUACUACGAGAAGCACGUGGCAUUCCUGAAGUCUGAGAAGAUACACGUCUCAGUGCCUGCCCUGCCAGGGUUGACCCCCAGCUCCACCCAAACUCCCUAACCCAAGUCAUUCCUGCCUGGCCUCAGUUUCCCUAUCUGAACAAUGGGUCCCAAGCCCAGGGUCCCCUGUCUCACUCUGGACACCAUAUCCCUUUCCAGACAACUGAUCUCAUGAUACAAAA